CGAGGGAGACUGUCCAACAAUUUCUCAACGCCUCUCGUAUAGGAAACAUUGAUCUUUUGAAGAAGUUGGCCACCAGGCUUGAUGAAGGGAAGGGAUUGUCGAGGACGGUGGCUGAUAUUAAGGAUGCUAAUAAGCGAGGAGCACUUCAUUUUGCGGCAAGAGAGGGAAAGACUGAGGUCUGCAAGUAUCUGCUCGAAGAAUUAAAGCUCGAAGUAGAUACGAAAGAUGAAGAUGGGGAAACCCCACUUAUUCAUGCUGCCCGACAAGGACACACCGAUACUGCAAUAUACCUUAUUGAGAGUGGUGCUAAUCCUGCGAUAGCAAGUGACUUAGGGGCCACAGCUCUUCAUCAUUCUGCAGGCAUUGGAAAUAUUGAGCUGCUAAAGUUUUUACUUUCAAAAGAUCCUGAUGUUAAUUCCCAGAGCGAUGCGGGCACCCCUUUGAUUUGGGCUGCCGGUCAUGCCCAACAGGAAGCUUUAAAACUGCUCCUUGAACACCGUGCUAAUCCCAAUGCUGAAACUGACGAUGAUAUUACCCCCCUCUUGUCAGCAGUGGCUGCUGGUUCUCUGGCUUGCUUGGAUUUGUUGAUUCAGGCAGGUGCGAAAGUAAAUGUUAGUGCUGGUGGAGCAACCCCUCUACACAUUGCUGCUGAUAGUGGAAACCUUGAAAUUAUAAAUAGUUUGUUACAAGCUGGGGCCGAUCCUAAUGCCACUGAUGAGGAUGGGGUAAAGCCAAUACAGGUUGCAGCAGCUAGAGGUAGUCGGGAAGCUAUUGAGAUUCUGCUUCCCUUGACUUCAGAAGUUAAGGCAAUUCCCAAUUGGACCACUGAUGGAGUACUCGAGUAUAUGCAGAAUGAAACCAGCAAAGAUCAGGUGGUUUCCAGAAAUCUCGAGGAGGUUAACAAACAUACAGACUCCACAGCACGAGAGCAAGAUUUGCCUGAGGUGUCACCUGAAGCAAAGAAGAAAGCAGCAGAAGCAAAAUCUAGAGGCGAUGAUGCUUUCAAAACAAAGGAUUUUCAUACAGCAGUCGAUGCCUAUACACAGGCAAUCGAUCUGGAUCCGUCUGAUGCUACAUUACUUUCCAACCGAAGUCUAUGUUGGAUACGGUUAGGUCAAGCUGAACAAGCCUUAGCAGAUGCUAAGGCCUGCAGAGCAUUGAGACCAGAUUGGCCUAAAGCUUGCUAUCGGGAAGGUGCAGCUUUGCGUUUAUUGCAGAGGUUUGAAGAAGCAGCAAAUGCUUUCUACGAGGGUGUCCAGCUCAAUCCUGAAAGCAUGGAAUUAGUCAGUGCCUUCAGAGAAGCAGUCGAAGCGGGUAGAAAGUUCCAUGGUAAAGAUAAACAAAAAUCAUAAUCCAGCAUCUGUGGCUGAUUCUAGAAAUAGUCAGGUCUGGUGUUGAUGAGGAUCCUUUUUUGUGCUUCUGUUUUUGUUAUAUACAGUAAUGAUAGUGUUGAUUUUGAUAGAGAAGUUGAGUUGAGGUGUGGAAUUCACAAUGGGUAGACUCUCUAUAGAAUAACUUAAAAUGACUUUUUAUUUUUUAUUAUUCAAUUUAUUUGAUAAUGAGUCAAUAU